CUCUUGUCUGACUGCCGACAGUGAGCCCUGGGUAUUUUUGCAGCAUUCAAGUGAAUAUUUCUCUCAGAAGUCUGUGAUUGAAAUAUCAAGAUGGAUUAUCCCAAAAUGGAUUAUUUUCUGGAUGUCGAGUCUGCUCAUAGACUUUUGGAUGUAGAAUCAGCUCAAAGAUUCUUCUACAGCCAAGGAGCUCAAGCUCGCCGGGCGACCCUGCUCCUGCCUCCCACAUUAAUGGCGGCAUCUUCGGAAGAUGACAUAGACCGGCGGCCCAUCCGGAGAGUGCGCUCCAAGAGCGACACUCCGUACCUCGCAGAGGCCAGGAUCUCCUUCAACCUGGGGGCAGCUGAGGAAGUGGAGAGGCUGGCGGCUAUGCGUUCUGACUCCCUCGUGCCGGGCACCCACACCCCACCCAUCCGGAGGAGAAGUAAGUUUGCCAACCUGGGGAGGAUUUUCAAGCCUUGGAAAUGGAGGAAGAAGAAAAGCGAAAAGUUCAAACACACAUCAGCAGCCCUGGAGAGGAAGAUCUCGAUGAGGCAGAGCAGAGAGGAGCUGAUCAAGCGGGGCGUCCUGAAGGAGAUCUACGACAAAGAUGGGGAGCUCUCCAUAUCGAAUGAAGAUGACUCCCUGGAAAACGGGCAGUCCCUGAGUUCCAGCCAGCUGUCGCUGCCUGCGCUGUCCGAGAUGGAGCCAGUCCCGAUGCCCAGGGAUCCCUGCUCGUACGAGGUGCUCCAAGCUUCAGACAUCAUGGAUGGGCCAGUGUCUGAAGAGAGUCCCUCUGCCAGUGAGUCUGGAGUUCUCCUGUCCCAAGAUCCUUCAGCCAAACCAGUCCUGCUACUGCCCCCCAAAAAACCUGCUGCUUUCUCUGGAGACCAUGAGGAGACCCCAGUGAAGCAGCUGUCCCUUCUCAAGCAGCCCCCGGCCCUGCCUCCUAAACCCACUGCCCGGAUUGCCAACCACAUAACAGAUCCUGGCGCCCCCGUGAAAUUGCCUUGUCUGCCAGUGAAACUGUCGCCUCCGCUACCUCCAAAGAAAGUCAUGAUCUGCAUGCCCGUAGGGGGACCAGAGCUCUCCCUGGCAUCCUACGCAGCCCAGAAGAGUGGGCAGCAGGGCAUGGCCCAGCACCACCACACCGUCCUGCCGUCCCAGAUCCAGCACCAGCUGCAGUAUGGCAGCCACGGCCAGCACCUGCCCUCCUCCACCGGCACCCUCCCCAUGCACCCGUCGGGCUGCAGGAUGAUAGACGAACUGAACAAGACGCUGGCCAUGACCAUGCAGAGGCUGGAAAGCUCUGAGCAGCGAGUCCCCUGUUCCACGUCAUACCACAGCUCUGGAUUGCACUCGAGUGAUGGUGUCACAAAAGCAGGACCUUUGGGCCUUCCGGAAAUAAGACAAGUGCCGACUGUUGUGAUUGAAUGUGAUGACAAUAAAGAAAACGUGCCUCACGAACCAGACUACGGAGACUCUUCCUGCCUCUACACGAGGGAAGAGGAGGAAGAAGAGGAGGAGGAAGAUGAUGACAGCUCAUUGUACACCAGCUCCCUGGCCAUGAAGGUCUGCAGAAAGGACUCCUUAGCCAUCAAACUGAGCAACAGGCCCUCCAAGCGAGAGCUGGAAGAAAAGAACAUCCUGCCCAGGCAGACGGAUGAGGAGCGGCUGGAGUUGAGGCAGCAGAUUGGCACCAAGCUCACCAGGCGGCUGAGCCAGAGGCCCACGGCAGAGGAAUUGGAGCAAAGGAACAUCCUAAAACCUCGCAAUGAACAAGAGGAGCAAGAGGAGAAAAGAGAGAUCAAGAGGCGAUUAACUCGGAAGCUCAGCCAGAGGCCCACGGUGGAAGAACUCCGGGAAAGGAAGAUCCUCAUCCGCUUCAGUGACUAUGUGGAGGUGGCUGAUGCUCAGGACUAUGACCGCAGGGCAGACAAGCCGUGGACCCGCCUCACCGCUGCUGACAAAGCUGCCAUUAGGAAGGAGCUGAACGAGUUUAAAAGCACUGAAAUGGAAGUUCAUGAAUUGAGCAGACACUUAACAAGGUUUCACCGACCCUAGCAGUGGGGGUCCUCCCGAGCGCUCUGCUGGCUUCAAAACAUAAGUCUGUAAGAACCAUAAGUGCUGGCAUUUAUUCACUUCCCCAUUCCGGUGUAAAUCUUCUGAACUGCCUUUUUUUUAAAAAAAAAAAAAAGAAGAAGAAGAAGAAGAAGAAGAAGACAAAUAAAAGGAAACACAAUCAGGAUUCUAUGGGCAAAAAGGUGAUGGCGACCGGGCGGCAGCAGAGCUGCGGCCCCACUUCCAGUCCGGAUGUGCAGGCACUCUCCAGGGCCUGGCUGAAGACCUCCGGAGGGGGCGGGGCCCUCGUGCUCGCCUUCCAGGCCCCGCAGAUGCUGCGUUCGUCCAGUCUCCUGCACACCCCUUUCUGGUGCACGCGGGACUGUCACCUGGGAGUGGCCAUGCAGAGCCUGAGAUCUAGUCGGCCUUCUGAAUGCGGCACCAGCUCCAAGGCCGCAUCUGGUUUGGGGGUCCCCAAGGAAGAGUGCUGAUCUCAGCAUCAUCCACACAGAGGAUGAGAAGAGGGGUGCGCCUCUGGAGGAGGCUGUGACCACUGGUCCCACAUAUAGGUAGUUGUGGCAGGCUGGCUGUGGGUGGCCCCGUCCCCUCCGCCAAGAGUAAGUUGCUUUCCAGGAGGCUGUGGUUCCCCAAGGGAGAACUGUCGCCUUAGUGCACAUUCAUUAACUCAUGCCUGUUCAGAAAGCCCAGUGUCAGGGAUGACAGGAAUGUCCCUGCUAAAGAACUCCCCUGGUGUUUGUGCAUAAGAGCACGAGGACUCUGCAAGGGACAGAAGGUCCAGGGCCAGAAGCUCUGCUUGGCUUACAUUUUUAAUCUUCCUGGGUACCUCCAGGCCAGAGGUUGUGUGGCUUGGAAAUUAGUGACUUCAGGGUAUAAGGCCAGGGUGUGGUGGCCAGAUACCAUUCCUGGGAGACUGGCCGUCCUAGUCCUGGGGCCUGGCCCUCCAGCACCGCUCGGUGGCCUUCCAUUGUCCUUUCUUUGCACUGAGAGUUUCUAUGGAGAAGCCCAGAGUUCAGUGUGUGCCCAAUGGGGCAGACGCCAGACACGCCCCCCAGCCUUCCCUCUGCACCUACCCAGGAGAGUCUUUCCCCUCUCCUGGUGAAGCUGGGUAAUCAGAGAUGUGGCACCCCCUUUCCUGAGUCUUGGGGCCCCGGGAAAGCAGUGCUCUGUUGACAGAGACGCUGGGGGUCAGGGUGCAAUGGGGGAAGGACACCCCAAACCCUAAUGGGUACCCCUGGUGGCCUGCUGCAGGGUUUGUUUUCCUCCCUGGCCUGGCUCUCAGCUCUCAGGGCAGGGCUCUGCCUGGGCUCCUUUGCUGGUUCCUGUGUCACCAGGUCUUUCUGGGGAAUGACUCGCUCUCCACCACGCACGCCCAGCUGAUGCCAGCCUGGCCAGGCCAGAGUCAAGUCCCCUCCCCAAGCCCCGUGGGAGCCAGUUUCCCUUAGGACAUGGCACCCGGUGAGGAGUGCUGGAAUUCUCUGAUGACUCCGUGCCAGCAUUAACCCAGGCGCCCGGGGCAUCCGGAGAUAGCCCAGGCAGCUCUGGAGACAGUGCCCCCACCGCUGUCGCCUGCCUCCUAAGGUCCAGAGCAAGCUGGCCUCCCCCCAGCUCCAGGAGGACACCAUCACUAGAUCUUUUUUGCCCCCUGUGUUGUUUUUUUGGGUUGUGAAUCUGAAUGGCUCCUGCAGUCUGAGAGGUUUAUUCAGGGAAAACACAGUCGGGAUUUUAGCGUGGCUGUGAAUACAGUCUUCCCAAAAGGAUUGCUGACGUUUGAAUGUGCGAACGGUAGAACAGAGGAUGCGUGCUCAUUUGCUGAGCUCUGCUGGGGCAGGCUCAUGUGCCUGUUCCAGGCUGAGGUGUCUGCCUGGCCUAGCCGCCCGGCCUGAGGGCUGUGCUUCUCCUAACCACAGCUGAGCAGCAGCCAGCACCUGGAGUUCUGGUGGGACAGCCGUGACAGCCAGGCUUUCCCUGGCCAGGAACAAGUCCUAAGGGAACUUGUUCCUUAGAGGUCACCUGGGCUUCUCCCCAGCUGGCUGUGGUUCUGGGCCCUUGGAUUCCCUGGGCAUAGAAGGCCCCAAGGGGCCUCCCUGCAGGCAGCCACUAGCCCAUCACGUGCCCCACGAGCCCUGGGCUUGCAGCCCCCUGUGCACAAAGAGAUGGAGGACUCUGUCUUCUUCUCUUCCUGCAGGGCAUCCUUCUCAGAAGUCACCACUCAGCUAGGGGUGUGCCUCCCACAGCCAGGGAGGUUGCCUGCCUUCUGGACUGGCGAUGGUUAAGCAGUUGUUACAGUGGCUCAGCACCCACUGUGGCCUGCGGGGUGGGACCUCUGCUGUCUCUUUCUUAAAAGCUUGAGGGCUCGAGCAAGAUCUCUCACAUUCUUUUUUUGCCACAGUGUUGUGACAACAGAGAUAACUUGUGUUAUGUUCUAAAAUGACACACUGACAUUAAUUAGGGGGUUAAAAAAAUAGAUGGGAUUAAAAUGCAUUUUUUUUUUUU